UGUCAUAAGCGGAGCGGGGUCGCAAGCAGAAGUCGCAACGGAUCAGACCAAUCCUCUGUAUCCCACACCAACGUCCGGAACUACAAGUUUUGCCCAAGGCGUAAACAUCAUUGCACUACCUAUUUUUCUAUCUAGUGUAUAGGCCUACAUCGUUGCACUAGGAAGAGCAUGUCGUCCACACCUCCAUUUUCAGGGACGGAAAACUCUCAUAAGCGUGUAUCGAGCCGCUCCAAUCCUGGAUUUCUUGAGCGCCUUGGGGAAACGGCGGGGGGGACGGUGCUGGGAGUCGGCCUGUUCUUUGCAUCAUUUUACGUUCUCUUUACCAAUGAGGGAAGGGCGCUAAAGACCGCAUCUUCACUGGACGAAGGUCUUUCUCUGGUGGUGUCCCUGAACCCGUUCUCUAAUGUUGACUACCAGAAUAACGACAACUUGGUUCACCUCUCCGCCAAAUUACGGACCUUGCAGCCCCUGCAUGACCCAAACUACAGAGUGGUGGUGCAGGCGGUGCAGCUGAAGAGACAGGUGGAGAUGUAUCAGUGGGUGGAGUCCCAUGACAGCAGGGACUACCAAGAGAAUGGAGAGACCAAAACAGAGACAACAUACAACUACAACACAGAAUGGAAAUCUGAGUUGAUCAACAGCAGGCACUUCGAUAAGGAAAUAGGUCAUGAGAACCCAAGUGCCAUGGCGGUUGAAAGUGUGACUGUAGUGGCUCCUGAAGUCAGGGUGGGCCCAUUUCUUCUGUCUAAGGGACUUGUGGAGCAAAUCAAUAACUUCCAGACUCUGCGGCUGAAAGAUUUCCCGCCCUUCGAACCUGGCUCCUUUCUCACCAUCUAUGAGGACCAUUUCUACCACACCCCGUACCCACGUAGACCAGAGGUAGGAGAUGUGAGGGUGAGCUUCUCCUAUGCAGGCCUCAGUGGGGAAGGGUUUUAUCCUGCUCCCGCUGAGACGGUCAGUGUGGUAGCAAUGCAGAGCGGAGAGAAUCUGAAGUCCUAUAAGACCAGGUCAGGACACCGACUUGAGUUUCUCUACCUAGAGGAACUCUCAGCACAGGAAGUAUUCGAGAAGGAGCACCAGUCCAAUGCCAUGAGGACUUGGGGGCUCAGGUUUGCUGGCUGGGCUCUUAUGUUCCUUGGUAUCAGUUUGACCACACGCAUUCUUUACACACUGGUGGAUUGGCUCCCUGUUGUCAGAGAGGUUGUUUCCUUGGGGCUGAAACUGUUCGCCUUCUGCAUCUCCUGUUCGCUCUCCCUUCUCGUCAUUGCAAGUGGUUGGCUGUUCUACCGGCCCCUAGUAUCUCUUGGUCUGGUAGCGGUAGCCCUCCUUCCCGUGCUCAUUGGCCGCGCUCGCGCUCCAGCCAAGAAGAACCAGUGACAUUCAGGCUCAUGUGUUUUGUCCGCUUUACAUUCGGUAACCUCGUCAAAUGUUUUGUGGCGUUGAUUUGCGUCCAGAGAUUUAGACUGAUUGUGCUUUAGAUUGUUUUAGUUAAUUCUGUAUGUUUGUCUCAAUUCGAUAAAAUGUAUGAUGGGUACUUUACUGAAUACUUUAAAUGUUUGCCAAUCAAGCCAAAAUGAAUUUGUAUGUACAGUGUUAAAUGUUACACGGUCAUUCACAAGUUGAACUUUAUUCUGCACUUAUUACUUUUCCUGACUAAAUGCAUGUGCCUUUUUGCAUUGCAAAUGUUUGCUUGCAGGAUUUACAUAAAAUAUAUAUUUUUACUUCUCAUUGUGUGUAAAUCCAGCCAAAGAAUAAACUCUUAAAACCCAUUAAGCAUUCAUUCAAACUCAUUCAUUAAUGCAAAUUAUCUCAAAGUAAUUUAUUACACAAAAACACCAAGUUACAUUUGUGUUUUAACAAAAUGAGUUUCCAGUCUUCUCAGAUUUGUGCAUGUGAUCAUAAAGCACAUAGGUUUUAGUUUUUUUUCUCAGUAAGAAACACAUUAGAACUCAAUUUCGAGUUCAUGUGCAUAACUGUAUCUUCAAAUAAUUAAUGACUAUAGGUCACAGUGUAUAGGUACUUCACCCUUCUAGUUGGCUCUUGGAAACAUUCCUUUAGAGCAGCAGGAAGGGCUUAAGCACUUUAUGCUGUUGGCAGGUAUGACACCAUAGGUCCCCUGGCUGACCUCUUGGAUAGCAUGGUAAUUGUAAAGAAGGUUGCUUUCAAUAUGGCAAAAUGACUCAGGUUAAAAGUACAAAAAAAAAAGAAGUAUUUCUCAUGACCUCAAAGUUGAAUACUGACAAAACUACUUGCCUUAGACAGAAAAUAAAAAGAAUUA